AUGGGUCGCAUGCACAAUCCAGGAAAGGGAAUGGCCAAGUCGGCCAUCCCAUACCGCCGCUCCGUGCCAUCGUGGCAGAAGAUGACUGCCGAGGAGGUCCAGGACCAAAUCGUCAAAAUGGCCAAGAAGGUUUGCGACAGAUCUGAGGAGUUAUUCGGUGCGAUUCCGAUAACUACCAUAUGAUCCCCGGGCGACCAGUUUCCAAGUUGGACAUGGGCCCAGGAGAUGUGUAGGUCGAGCAAUCGAUGUCCAUUUCCUUAUUGAAUCUUUGACAUUACCGAACGUUGUCAUUUCAGGGUCUUCGCCCGUCCCAAAUUGGAGUAAUCCUCAGGGAUUCCCACGGAGUCGGACAGGUUCGCCGUCUCGCUGGAAACAAGAUCUUCCGUAUCCUCAAGUCCAAAGUAAGGGUCAGCUCGGGGACAAAACGUCGCUCUUCAAAAGCACUGGCUAUAGGGCUCUGUCUUGUCCAUGCCAGCCGUCAUAUAGAGCAAUAUGAAUUAUCUUGUUUUUGGGUGAGGUGUAAUUGUUCCUAGAUUAGAUCUCAAUAACACGAUGACAAUUCUUUAAAAUUUAAAUCACCGCGGCAGCUGUAUCAUUUCAAUUGUUCAGAGUUAACUGUUUUUUUCAGGGAAUGGCCCCAGAGCUCCCAGAGGAUCUCUACCAUCUCGUCAAGAAGGCCGUCGCCAUCCGAAAGCAUCUCGAGAGAUCCCGCAAGGACAUCGACAGCAAGUACAGACUCAUUUUGGUCGAGUCGCGUAUCCACCGUCUGGCCAGAUACUACAAGACCAAGCGUCAGCUUCCACCAACCUGGAAGUACGAGUCUGGAACCGCUGCUUCCCUUGUCUCGUAA